GCGAGCGUCGAUCGUUUCAGUCGGCUGCAGUACUACUACUAGGCCCAGAGUUGAGUCCAUUGAUCCAUAAUUCACGGAAAGGCAUGUCUGUAGCCCCAGUUGUGAUCGUACACGGUGGAGCGUGGAGUGGUGGAACAGGCCAAUGCGAUGCACGAGCAGAGGGUGCAAAGCAAGCUGCCAUCGCUGGCUGGGCAAGACUAAAGGAGACUGAAAAUUCCAUGGAUGCUGUGGAAGCAGCUGUCCGUGCCCUUGAAGAUGACCCCAUCUUCGAUGCAGGCACAGGGUCUGUCCUAAAUGAUGCUGGUAAGAUCGAGAUGGAUGCUGCGAUUAUGGAUGGAACAACACUCAACUCUGGUGCUGUGGCAUGCGUUCAAAACAUUAAGAAUCCAGUUACCCUUGCCAGGAAAGUCAUGGAAAAUACACAUCACUGCCUGUUGGUCGGCGAGGGAGCGAAUGAGUUUGCUGAAAAAAUUGGCAUACCCGUUGUUCCAACAGAGGAACUUGUCAGUGAAUUAUCCACGAAUAAGCUGAAAUUUUGUGAAGGAAACUACGAUGAUCGAGUUGGUCAUGCCUUCAAAGCAACAAAUAUCAAUAAGCACAAGAAGCAUGCUCAGGGCGAGCACGAUACUGUAGGUGCUGUAGCUGUGGAUCCCCAUGGCAACGUUGCUGCUGCUACAUCUACUGGUGGAAUUACUGCCAAGAUGGUGGGCCGUGUGGGAGACAGUCCCUUGAUAGGGUUAGGAUGUUAUGGAGACAGUGACACAGGAGGGGUGUCAUGCACCGGACACGGUGAGAGCAUCAUGAAAGUUCACCUUGCAAGCCGCAUCAUCAUGUAUAUGGAAACCGGCAUGUCAGCUCAGGAUGCUACCGAGUUAGCUCUUGACUAUAUGUACAGACGCACGGAGGGUGCCGGUGGAGCCAUUGUUCUCGACAACAAGGGAAACGUUGGCCUGCACUUUACGACUGAUUUCAUGGCCUGGGCUUACGUGAAGGAUGACGUGAUGCAUCAUGGGCUGGUCCCUGAUACGAUCCACCAGGUGGCGGUAGAGUAAACAGCUACCUCAUUCCUUGUGUCAUCACAUAAUAGGGGUAUUAAUGUGAAAAUGAUACUCACAACAGACGCUCUACCACUAAUUCCACAAUAGCUUCCAGUUUACCAAUUCCACAUACGUAAUAUAUAUAAUUUACAAUAUGAUAUGAUACACAAUA